UUGUCCAGAGGCAAAUCCGUACUUUCCUCCCUUCUGAUGUGAGACAGAAUUCUCAAAUAGGCUCCAUCCGGCCAUGUCAUGAUGCAAAUGAUGGAGUCGAGGCUCUGUACCAAGGAGAUUUUGACAGGCCGCGCGUCGGCAGGGCUGGAUUUCAUCAUAUCGUUGCACCCAGCAGAUCUGGAAGGGUAUGCCGAGUGCCGACCUGAGGGAGGCUAUAAGAAUAGCUCCUGGUAAGUCAUGUCAGACUGAGUAUCCGCAAAACUCUCAGCAAUCGAUCUGUACGCAUUGUACAUCACACACUUACUUUGCGUCCUCCCACAAUACUCGAGACCAUGCGCAUUUUCUCAGCCUUGAACGGCCUGCUCCUUGCGGGAGCUGCUUUGGCUCAGAACUCGUCAUCAAGCUGCUCGCUUCAGUCUUCCGAUUCCCAGGUCGUUGAAUACGGCUAUGCGCUUUCGUACUUCCUCGACCGGUUCUAUUCGUCAGUCCCUGUCAAUCAAACAUUCCUGAACAGUGCCCUGAACAGCUCUACCUCCGAAUACUAUGCCAAUUUCCAAGGCAUCCUGAGACAGAACCGUCUGGGCGUGCGUGCUGUGCAACAACUCGGCGCAAAGAUUUCUGGCUGGACCCCUCAGAACUGCAGCUUCACCUUCCCGAAUGCUACUGACGGCGAGUCCUUCGUGAGCAACGCCCUCGAGUUGGAGAGCACAGUCGCCGGGGCGUACAUUGCUUUGGCUGGUUACACACAGGCUCCUGAGGCCUCAUUCCUCUGGGCCCGUCUGGCUGCUGAGCAUACUGCACACGCCUACUAUAUUGCCGGCCACCAAGCCUCUGUCCUUUUCCCUUCGAACAGCUCUUCACUGGUCCCUGCCUUCAGCCCCGGCUACGUUCUGUCCAACGGAACUGGACACGGACGCCUUGGUCAGUACUUCCAAGGUUGCAUUACUGUGCCUUCGACUCCGUGCGGCCAGACCCUGUUCAUUGGUCCUCUUACUGCCACCCUCGGUGCGAACGUAUCGGCAAGCGCAGCUGCUUCAAGCUCUGCCUCUCUGUCUGCCUCCGCAACUCCGUCGCCGAGCUGGGCGAAGAGAGCCUGGUAAGGCUGUGUGCCGUGAUAUAGGGCUUUGGAUAAUGAGGUCAUAUUUGUGAUGGGCAAAUGGUGACCCACAGCUGUUGUUGAAAUGACUUCCGGUAUCAAGUUAGGGGGAACGGCGAUGCUUGAGAUGAAUUCUGUAAUAAUUCCUUCAUAUCCGAUUGUGGACUAAUGUAAUUUGACAAUCUAAUAACGCGCAAUGUGUGACCGGGCGUAAAAUAUUGCCGUGCAUAUUAUCUCGAGGUGCAGAAAUGGGGUUGUGACAAUCUCACGCAUUGGUGUAGGAUUAAAACAUCACACAAUCUUUCACUUCCAAUGAACGCUUUGGAAGCUUUAAAAGCUAGGGCCUGGCCACAAUGCCUACCGACAACUAGGUGGCGCUGAGUAGCUGCUCGUGCAAAUUCUUCAUGACGUAGUCUUGUCGGACCGCAUCAAAAGGUUAUACCCGGCAGAUGGGU